AUGUAGGAUAGAUUUUGUUUUGUUAUUUUUAUUCUAUCACAAUAAAAAAAUAAGCGAAUUGAUUUUAUCUCUAAAUUAGUGUUAGUCAAAAAUUGUUUUGGUAUAAUUUUAAUCAUUGGAGGCGCCGAAAUGCCGUGUGAUUGGCAAAAGUGGUGUCGUUUGUGUGGAAAAAUUGAAGUCAAAAACGAUAUAGUCAAGUUUGAAAGAAUACCAAAUUUUAUAUGUUUAAUUCAAAAACACUUUUCCAUUACGUUGACUGAAUCGGAUUGUAUGUCAAAUGUAUGUGAUGAAUGCCACCAAUUUAUAUCGAAACUCGAAGAAUUCACAGAACGAUGCAGAAAAGUGCAUUUGCUUUUCAGUAAUCUAAUUUCCUCCACCAAUCUUGAAAUUGAUUCAAAUUACUUGCAAACACUCAGACAUGAAUUCAUUGGACCAGAAGCUGAACUUGAUACAGAUGAAAAAAUUCCAAUCAACAUUGUUGAUUAUAAAACGAACAACAAAAGUACAGACACUGACGAUUUGGAAACAGGCUCAGUAUCUCCUAUUGUGAAUGUAAAGAAAGAACAUCAAAAAAUAUCGAAACGAAUUAAAAGAGAAUCAAGAACCAAACCAAGAAAAAGAACGAAAAAAACCAGUCGUAAAGUUAUUGAAGAUGAAAUCAAAGAAGAAGAUGAUGAAGAAGAAAUGGAAAUUGAUGCGUUUGACUACGAUAAUGAUGAUUUUGAGAAUGAUCCAUCCUUUGCCAUAACCGCCGAUAUGGAAAACAGACAGUUGGACGAUGAUGAAUUGGACGAUUUAGCUGGAGAUGGAAAUGAAGAAGAUUUUGACAUAGACGAAGUAAAAAACACACCACGAAAACGACGACAAAAAAUUGUAGAACCUGAUAAUAAAACGUACAGUUGUCCACUUUGCAACAUUGAUUUUGAGGGUAAGCGUGCGUUCGACGGUCAUAUGCGUGAGAAUCAUCCGAGGUCAGAAAAUCCAUUCUCAUGUCCAAAGUGCCCAAAACGUUUUCCAUCACUGACAAAAUUGCAACGACACGAAAGCGUUCAUUUACCCGAUGAACUGAAAUUGGUGCAUCCAUGUCAAUUCUGUGACAAACGUUUCAGCAAACUAGUGAACGUACAAGCACAUAUUCGGGCAAUUCAUACCGGUGACAGGCCGUUUAUUUGUGAGGAAUGUGGGAAAUCAUUCGUUGCAAAAGGUGCAUUGAAAGAACAUCAAAUCACGCAUUCAGAUGACUAUCCAUUCCAAUGUCAGCAUUGUCCAAAAAAAUUCAAAAAUAUGGCCAGACUACGAACACAUGAAGACAUUCACAAACAUACUGCUUACAUCUGUCCACACUGUGGUCUUCAACUGAAUACAAAACGAACGCUAAAAAUGCAUAUGGUUGUGCAUUCGGAUCAGAAGAAAUACAAAUGCCAAUAUUGUGGCAAUGAAUACAAACGAUCAAAAGCACUGAAGAAUCAUCUAAUUUUACAUACUGGUCUGAGGCCAUAUGUGUGUCCAUUUUGCGAGAAAACUUUUGCAAACGGAAGCAAUUGUCGUAGUCAUAAGAAAAAAGCACAUCCAGUUGAAUUAGCAGCCUUGGAAGCAUCCGGAGAAGUUUUACCCGCUGCUAAUAUUCCCAAACUUGAGCAUUUACAACCUAAAAAACCAACGCCUGAAAACAACAUAGUCAUCAUCACCCAAAACGAUAAUAAAAUUAUCGAAAGCAUCGUAUACACUUGAAUAAAAGCGUAAUAAUAGUUUUCGAAUCUACUUCAACUGAUAGCAUAUAUAAUUUUCAUGAAAAUCACACAGCAUAAUAGAACAUUUAUUAAUUUUAGCAUUAAUACACUCCUGAUUAGAUUUUAAUUGAG